CGCAGUGGGGAAGGUUAACGCCCCUUUUCUGCAGUCAACAAGCAGACCCUCCCCCCUCUAAGCUUAUCCACCUAGUCAUGGCUGCCAGGAGAAUAGGUGGUUUAGUACUGCUAGUGGCAGUGAGCACUCUGUUAGUGUGGAGAGUACAAGGCCAAACAAGUUGCACUAGUACUUUGUCCUGUGGGCCUGGGAGCAAUGCUCAGUGUGUUAACAGUACUUGUUCAUGUGAGCCUGACUUUGUAAGUCCAACUGGAGCAAACACAGACUGCAUCAGCUUAACAGUUCCUAAUCUGAGCUGCACAAUCUUUGAUGCUUUGUGUGCUUAUUGUGGAGCAAACUCUCAGGGACCGUGUUUGAGAUGCAUUGAGGGUCAGUUUUUGGACGGAGAAAUGUGUAUUAGUUUCUGCUCUACUGGUUUUCAACUAUCAGCUAUUCCUGGUACUUCAGGAUUCAUUACCAGGACAUGUAUGACAACAGGCACAGUUUCAGGUGAUGACCCAUUACCACAGUGGGCUAUCAUUGUUAUUGCUGUGGUUGCUGUGGCAAUACUCGCGGUGAUCGUGGUGACCAUACUGGGAUUUGCUCUCUCUGUCCUCACAAGAUCAAGCCACGGUCAGUUUGAUAUUGUUGACGAGACCCCUGCCCACGCAUCAAGUGAGGGAAGCCAGGGAGGAACACUGCGAACCAAGAGAUCCAACUCGUUCUCGUUUGAGAGAAAGAACAAUCUUCCAAUGGUGCAACACAAUCCAAACUUUUCAGAUGAGAUUGAUGGUGAUGAGGAGACCGUUUUCUUCCACAAGCUGGACUACCUCCGCACACAGGCUGAGGUGUUCCUUAAGAUGCUCAAUGACAUGAGGCGGAGACUCAAGGAGAUCCCCGUCGACUCUGCAGCUGCUCAUCAGUACAGGAAUGUGAUGCAAGAUGUAACGCGACUUCUCUACAUCCUCAACAAGCGACGCUCGUUAGUUGCCAUGCCUCCCGAUGGCCUGCAGCUGUUGAACUGGUCGGAGCAGAUCCUGGACAGAUAUCUCAGCUCACAGGGAGUGACCCUCCAGAGAGGGAGUGGUGGCGGGACUAAUCGACUGAGCGUGCUCGGACCACAGGACGAAACUAACUUCUGAUCUCAUAUUUUAUUACACAAGUUAAUUGCUUAUAAUUAUAUGCUUUAGUCCACACGCUAUAUAUAUAUAAUUCCCACAUUAAAUGUUUCUCCGUUUUAUGAUAAAAUUAUUGUUGAGUUGA